GCUGGGCAGAAAACUGGCCUUUCGUCGCCACAGCAACGGACCACAGGGAAGUCCCGCGGACGGCUCAGUAUCUGCCGCCGCCGCCGCGCGGUUCCCUUCGCCUCUGGAUUGGUGCUGCGAGCCGGGAGGGGAAACCCAGCGCUCACCCCGCUCCCUUCCGUCCUUCUCUCACUCUCCCGAGCAGGGUCGAGAGCAGCACUGAGAACUGGGUUCCAGCUUAAGCACACGACCUCCUAACCCGCGUCUCUGGCCCCGCUGCGCGCCUUCGCCCGUCUCAUUUUGCACAGGGCCGCCGCAGCUACCGCAGCAACAUGGGCUCGACCCCAGAUAGCCACGAGAUGAACGGGCUGACAGUGGGAAACGGCAACAGCAACGGCAACGGCGACGCGACGCCUCCAGACGAGGCUCGAAGACAGUGGCUACGGACACAUAGACAAAUUAACAUUAACCAUUAUGCUAAUAAGAAGAGUGCAGCAGAAAGUAUGUUGGAUAUUGCUUUGCUCAUGGCCAACGCAUCCCAGCUGAAAGCUGUAAUGGAACAAGGACCUUCCUUCUCAUUUUAUGUUCCACUGAUUGUCCUCAUCAGCAUCUCACUUGCACUUCAGGUUGGAGUUGGCGUGCUCCUAAUAUUCCUUGUUAAAUAUGACCUUAAUAACCCUGCAAAACACGCCAAGCUGGACUUUCUCAAUAACCUUGCCACUGGACUGGUUUUUAUUAUAGUGGUUGUCAAUAUAUUUAUCACUGCUUUUGGAGUUCAGAAGCCAUCAUCUCCCAUCGAACAUAAGGGAUAGAAAGAGACCAGCAUUCUUUAAAAUUCUGUAGACAGUUUAUGCGCCUUGAAACAGUCUCUCUUGGAUGAAGAAACUCAACAAGCGUGUUUCUCUUUCAGCUGGACUAUUUGCCAGAAAGGCCAUUUUAUAUAACUUCUUAACCUUAUAAAUAUGAUGGACUGCUAUUUUGGGGGAAACUGAAUUUAAUUUGUAGUGUGAGGGAUUGCACCCAAAGAUGGUUGCAUCAGACUUUCCACAUAAACCUAAUAGUAUUGCUUCAGGAAAAACUGCAGUGUAAGUCUCCUGAGACUUUCUUAUGACUCCAUUGAAGUUCAGUCCCUGUGCCUUGAGAGAAAUGCUGAACCGAGAAAGAGAUCAUCUAUUUUUGGAAGCAUGGACUUUAUAUAGGUAGGGAAAGACCCAUGUACAUUUAAGCAUUAAACAAUAAUUUUGUCUACAGGACUUUCGGAAGUCUGUAAUCCCAAUGAACUAUGCAGAUUAAAAAAAAUUAAUUGUUAAUUAUUUAUAUAAUUCCAGAUGAAUAUCUGGUAGGCUGCUAUCAAUAAGAAAAAAGUGCAUGCAAUCAAUGUGAUGGUAAUGUUGGACAACAAAUAUUUGUUUUUCAAAGAUAAUUUACCUUUAACUAAUGUUCACUGAUAGUCGUUCCAAGUGUUCCAAAGAGAUGGGUGUCCAGCCUUUUUUCCAGUUAGAAAUAUAUAUUUUUAAAUUUUAUACUGUUUCAUUGAUACUGUAUCUGCUUAGAACAACUGUGAUGGGUGAAGCCAUCUACUAUGGCUUAUAAACUUGCUUUAUGGCUGAAAACAUUUUGUGAACCCAGCCAGUUAUGGUUUUAUUCAAUAAAGCAUGGUUAAUUCAACUGUGGUCUAGCAUGAUGCAUGACCUUACAGUGUGAUCACACCACAGCUUUGUAUAAAGGCAUUAUAAAAUAUUCAGUUUUAUUUUUUAUUUCUUUCCUCUGGAAUUGCUGUUUAUCGUAACUUUUGAUCAAUUGUUUAAGAGAGUUUAUCUUUAUUCAGUACUUGAUGAGAAUUACAGUGUGCUUGCCUGACUAAAACAGAAUAAAACUCCAAAGUUACCACAUCUAAAAUAUAAUAUAAUUUCAUGUGGGCACAUUUAUUUUAUUGCACACACAAUCACUAGGUUUUUUGUGUGUUUGGGUUCCAUUUACCUUACACUUUCAUAAACUAAGAGACGAUGUAAGGGAACAAUGAAACAAGUGUGUGUGUUUUUGUGUUUGACAGAAUAGCAACUUUAUUCUCAAUUCUUUCCUUCUUCCAUACUCUGCACCAUUUUGGGUGCCUUAAACAUUUGUCAGUCUUCCUAUGUUCUUCACAAACAGAAUGAGUACAGGGAUAAUAGGGGCCAUUUCACACUGACACUAGUGAAGAGCAGGGAUAUAAAAAGGGUACCCCUCAUUCCUUUUGGGGUCCAGCCACUCUGAAGAAGCCCCAAAAUGGUGCUGCACUUUUUCUACCCCUUCUGUACACAAAUGUCAGUGAGCAAUAUCUCCCUGUACUCAUUUUGUACAUGACCCAUCCAUAGUGAAUAUUUUCUACUUUAGUAAGCAUUAUUUCUUACUCCAAAGUCUUGAUAGGUCUGUCUUCUUUGUAUUGAGGAUGGCUUAUCAACACUUGAAUAGGGAAAUGUCAAGGUCUUCCCCACUUUCCCUGCUUCAGUGAAGUAGCUUUUCAUUCACAGGGAAGACCCAUUCUAGAAUGCACUUCAAAAAGGUAAAGAUUCCACUGAUACCUCUUCAUGGAUCUUCCAACACAAUUCAAAAGCCAUGGUGCGUUUUUCUCUGGCCUAUACUGCUAACAUUCAGACUGUUAGGAAAUGCCGUCUUCAGGUAGAAGUAGAAAUGCCCAACCAAUCCACAAGAUGCAGAACCAAAUUCUGGUAUGUCCAAUUUUUCUUGGUUCAUCUCAUCUUCCCAUUUGCUUUUUUUUUUUUAAGUCAAUCUACAUAGGAAAUGAUUAUUUUAAAAAAGAAAGUAUCUUUAAUGAAAUCAGUUGAGUCAGGAAAUUAAACCAUGUUCUGAAAUUAUAUACACAAUUUUUCCUUUAAAAAAAUAUAGUGAAUAUUUUCUUAAUUUAUCAUUUGUUAGAAGAAACUGCAUUCUAUUUUUAGUUACCUACAGAUUUAAUAUUACUAAUAUGUUUUCUUUUUUCAUUUUUAUUCAUUAAAUAUAUACAUUUUAAAUAUACAGUAUAUAGCACAUUAUUGAAGACACAGGAUAGGAGCAUUUUCAUUUACCAUUUUAGAUGCUGUAUUUUUCUACUUAUAAAAAUAAGAUUCUAAAGAAUAACAUAAUUUUUCUAGCAAGAAAAUAGAGGAGAAAAAAGGACAGAAUUUUAUUGGGUUAUCUGUUUUAUUUUCAGUGAAAAAAAAUGGAUUUUAUUGUUAGUAAAAAAGGUUUUCUUUUGUUCAGAUGUGAAAAUUGAUCAAAAGGUUGCAGAAUCAUGGAUAGGUUUGUUAACAGCUACUGCCUUUUUAACUAUGAAUAGGGUUGCUUCCUCUGCACAAGUCACCUGCAAUUCUGUACAUUCUUACUAGGAAGUAAAUCCCACUGAAUUAAGUAGGGUUUACUUCAGCAAGAAUAGAUUAUAUUUUAAAAUAUUAAAAAUACAGUAUAGUCAAAUAAUGUUCAGCUCUUUGUCACAGUUAUUGUGUGAUAAAAUCAGAUUUUACCUAAACAGUACAGUGCUUCAGGCACUACAAGUCAGGGAAUGUUCUAAAAUAGGAUAUAUUAAUUUAUGCUACAGAUUUUUACAAAACAUUUUUACAACAUAGUUUUGUUUGUUUGAUUUCAGUAAUGAUAUAAAUCGGGGACAGCUAUGGGGGGGUGGGGGUAUCAAAAAAGGGAAGAAAGCCGUGCAAUCCAAGCCCUGGCAUUGCAAAUGAUAAAUCUAAACUAGCUUGUCUCAAUCUUGCAUCCGCUGCAUGGUCUGGAUUAGAUGACAUCAUAAGUACUUUAUAGCCUUCUAAAAAAUUGUAUUAGAGGCACAAUCUGACAUGAUUCUGAUUUCCUGUUCACAUUGGAAUCCUGUACUUUGAUUGCAACUGUAUUACACUGCUUUAAUUAAAAUUAAUUUUCUUUUUAUUAUUGGUCAAUAAAGCAGUUUUGAUAAAAGUGUGCAGCAUUUCUUAUUUAUGCACUACUGAUUCUGAUUCAUUUGGAGCCUUUUAAACAAAAACCUGGUAUGUAUAGUAAGGAUAACAUCAGCUGUGUUUCUGUCUGCUAUAUUAGUCUUAGUGGUACACAUCUAGGCAAGGGGAUUUGGCUGGUUCUAAUUGGCUUUCUCCCCAAGGAAAUGCUCUGUAACAUAGAAACACAUUUACUGGGAAAGCUAGGUUUAAACACAACAGAAACGUAAUCAACUAUCAUUGAAAAAAACUUUAUAUUGCCUGUGCAUAGCCAUAGCCUUGGACAAUCUGAACCAGUUGUCCUGUCACUUGCAUAGUCCUAUAUUAGCCAAUGUUUCCACAUAUGCAACAGUUUUAUGCUUCCAUGCCUUUAAGAGCAUUCAGUGUGUCCACAGUUCUGUGUUUCUAAUAACUUCAUCUAUAGUAAUUAGCAAGACCCUUUUCAAGAUUUUCAUUCUGUGAAAAUUUCAUAUCCAAAUUACUUCACAUCUAAGCACCAGUAGAAAUAUAGCUACAGGGAUAAAUUGAAAAGUUGGCAACUCUAUUUCCAAUUUCCUCAAAUUAGUUCUGUCAGAAGCUCUUGACUUGCAUGUCCACAGGUUCAUCACGUGCUCCCAUUUUAAUUCUUAGAAUUACCUUUUUCUUUACACGUCCCUCUUCAUUUCACCAUUCCCCAGCAGGACUGGACUACAUGCUCCUCUAUUGACGUUUAUUCUGGAUUCACUCUAAUACGGUUCAGACAGGCAUGGUUGGUUGGUUGGUUGGUUGGUUAUGUAUGUAUGUAUGUAUGUGACAUAUAUUCCACCUUUCCUGCAGGAGCUCAAGUUGUGAGAUAAAUAAGCAUAAAAAUAAAAAGACUGGCUCCUAAUCACCCAGUGUCCUUCCAUCCCUGAGGGUGAAUUUGACCCUAGAUUUCUCUCUGGUCCUCAACAACAUAUACCACACUUCCUCUAGCCAAUUAUAACUUAUUCAAUAAACCCAAGCUAAAAAAGCCAUGAUUUAACUCGACAUAGAAACAUAACAUAGUGCAUGGGAGACAAAGAUACAGGAGCUGAAUGAGUGCUGAAGCUCUUCUAAUUUCCUAGCUCUCAGAAAUCAUGAUUUUACCUUUAAGGGUGCUUCCAGUCAAGGUAUCAUUCCCUACCUAGUCACCAAAUUUUGAGGGACAUCCUCCAUUUGUAACUGGAGUUGUCCCACUACAGCACCUUUACUCAUUUUUCUUUCUGGAAAAAAC